AUGAUGGGAUACGCAGCCGCAGAGGGCGACCUGGAGGCCGGCACUGAGCAGAGGAGCCGGGUUUCUGUGGAGCAGAAGAAGUCCUCCACGGGGUGGAUGUGGAAGGUCCUGGGUGUCCUGGCUCUCCUGGUCCUGUGUGUUGCAGGGGUCCGGCUGUUUGUCUGGUUCUGGAGCGAACGGCCCGAGAUCACACGGGUCCACUCAGAACCACCGGCAGCACCGAGAUUCACGAACCCUGAGGAAAAAACAGGCUCUCACUCCACGCUGAAACAAAUCCUCAGAAAAGCCAAAGCAGCGAUUCAUUUAGAAGGAACCUACGACGAGGACGGCGAGCACUUGGAGCUGGAGUGGAGUGACAACGUGGGUCAGGCCUUCGCUCAGGGCGGCCUCCGCCUGGACCAGAACCAGAUCUCCGUCCCACAAACGGGCCUGUACUUCGUCUAUGGCCAGGCAUCGUUCCGCGUGUCUUGCGUCGACGAAGCGGGGGCCACGUGGCGCCCAGCGACCCUCAGCCACAGGAUCUGGCGCCUCUCGGAUUCCAUAGGAACCAAAGUGUCCCUGAUGAGCGCCGUGAGGUCAGCGUGUCAAAACGUGCCGGAGGUCGGUGGGAAAUCGGGCCAGGGCUGCUACAGCGCCAUCUACCUGGGCGCCGUGUUUCAGCUGAACAAAGGCGACCGGCUGUGGACCGAGACCAACCAGCUGUCGGACCUGGAGACCGACGACGGCAAGACGUUCUUUGGUGCCUUCGCCCUUUGA